UGCCCAGAACUAGUCUUACCGGGCAUCCUUUUGGAACCCUUUCGAACAUCCCAACCCAUCUUCCGACCUGUAACCAGACGCGGCGAUGCCUGGUUUUCCUGCCCUCGUCGGCCGUUCCAUCUUCCGCUCCUAUUCCCAUGCCCUUCGCUCCACCCACCUAACCGCCAGCGUGGCGGCGGCGCCACCGCUCCUCCACCGCUUCGGAUCCCGACGGGCCCUAAUCAUCCAAACUCUUUCCGGGCCAGUGAGGAUAGAGCGGCUCUCCGACUCCGAUUCCGGGAUUAUCGAGCUGAAGUUGGACAGGCCGGAGGCGAAGAACGCGAUCGGGAAGGAGAUGCUGCGAGGACUGCAGAACGCUAUCGAAACGAUCGGCAAUGACUCGUCGGCCAAUGUGGUCGUGGUGUCAAGUUCGGUUCCAAAAGUUUUCUGCGCCGGAGCCGAUCUUAAGGAAAGAAAGCUGAUGAGUGCUUCUGAAGUCCAGCAAUUUGUGAACUCUUUACGAUCAACAUUCUCAUCCUUGGAGGCACUCUCUGUUCCUACGGUUGCUGUUAUUGAAGGAGCAGCAUUAGGUGGCGGGCUGGAAAUGGCUCUUUCAUGUGAUAUCCGUGUGUGUGGAGAAGAAUCAACAUUUAGCUUGCCAGAGACUGGACUUGCAAUUAUUCCUGGAGCUGGCGGGACCCAACGUCUUCCUAGAAUAGUGGGAAGAUCAGCAGCAAAGGAGCUAAUAUUCACCGGUCGAAGGAUUAGUGGCAAAGAAGCUGUGUCUAUGGGACUUGUCAAUUACUGUGUUCCUGCUGGAGAGGCACAUCACAAAGCACUUGAGAUUGCCCGAGACAUUAACCAGAAGGGUCCUUUGGCUAUAAGGAUGGCUAAGCAAGCUAUCAACAAAGGUUUGGAGGUAGAUAUGCCCUCAGCGCUGGAUGCGGAAGAAGAAUGUUACGAGCAACUUCUUGACACACAAGACCGCCUUGAGGGACUUGCUGCAUUCGCUGAGAAGCGAAAACCAAGUGGGCAAUAAUAACGCCUACCAUCUUCUAUUUCUUUAGCUGCGCUGCGCUGCGCAGCUGCUGCUGUUGAUGAUAGAGACACGUAUGAGCCUAGACAAAAAGUACGUGUGGACUAUCCACUCUUAUCUAGAUUGCAACUUGUAGAUUUCUGACCUUGGCCAAAUUGCUUACUGCUGCCAAUCGUCUGUCGCGGUGACGCCUGCAAAUCAUACAAGUUAUUUUAAUAUUCUUUACUUUUGAAAUAGUAUGGUGCAUGUAACAUGGACGGGUGGGUCUUUGAUGCCAUAAUACGCUUCAAAAGGGGAUGUUUUUGUUAUUUUAA